AUGUACGGAUCGGAGACUUGGGCAGCACCAUCAACGGUUAUGGAGAGGCUAGACUGCACGGAAAUAAAGCUGCUUAGACGGUUAUUUGGCUACUUUUGGCCUAUGGUAUGCCACAAUGAAGAUCUCCACGCAGAAAUUGAUGUGGUAUACUGGCGGAUGACACGUGGAAGACAUCAACAUCUUGCACCGCCAUCGAAAGUGGCUAAAACUGACGUGGUGAAAGAGGAGCUGAGGACACUCGGCGUGGAAAGGCAGUUCAGGCGAGAAGUGAGGUCUCGCAGAAUAUGGAAUAGCGACGAAUGGAUUGAUUCUGCGCAAGCUCUCGCAGAAGAUCGAGAAGGUUGGGCACAGCUGUGUUCAAAGAAGGCACACCUCGACGAAGAUGCGGGUAAUCGCUUGGGAGAUGACAUCAGCCCGCCGAUUAAGUCAAGAAGAUUUUCUUUCACACGGAGAGCAGGAAAAGCCGCGAUGGUCGCUAAGCGAACUCCUAGAGCUAUCAUCGACUGGGAGCUCUUCGCUUCGCUUGUUGGCUUUUGGGAAGAUACCGUCGUGGACAACAUCGACGACGAAUAA